AGCUCCAGUCUUCUGGAAAGAGUGAAUUCAAAAUGGGUUAUUUGAAACAACUUGACGUGGAAAACUUCAAGUCGUGGCGAGGGAAGCAAAUUAUCGGCCCUUUCAUGAAAUUUAAUUGCAUAAUUGGCACAAAUGGCUCAGGCAAGUCCAAUGUGAUGGAUGCCCUGAGCUUCGCCAUGGGGGAUCGGGCUGCCGUCCUCCGGGUAAAGCACCUCAGAGACUUAGUCCAUGGAGCCCACAUUGGGCAGCCUGUGUCUGACACCACCAGUGUUGCCUUACACUACUGUGAUGAUGAGGACCAGGAGACCGUCUUCAGACGGAGGAUCAGUGGUAAUUCCACUGAGUAUUGCAUCAAUGGUCGAACUGUUAGUCAUGCCAAAUAUAUAGAGGAGCUUCAAAAGAUUGGCAUUGUGACCAAAGCUCAAAACUGUCUGGUGUUCCAGGGGGCAGUGGAGUCCAUAGCGUUAAAGGAUCCAAAGGAGAGGACCAAGAUGUUUGAACUAAUCAGCCAGUCGAGUGAGUAUGCUGCUGAGUACGAGAAGAAGAAAAUGGCACUGGCAAAGGCCAGAGAAGACACCCAGUUCCACUUUAACAAGAAGAAAGCUGCCAAUGUGGAGAGGAAGCAGGUGUUCCAGGAGAAAAGGGAGGCUGAGAAGUUCCAGGCUCUGCUGGACGACCUUCACCAAAACCGCCUGAAGCUGAGCCUGACUGAGCUCUAUCAUAAUGAAAAGGCCAUUGGCAUUGUCAGUGACAACCUGGGGGAGAAACAGCAGGCUGCGACUGCUUUGAACAACAAGGUGAUGACCUUGGAGCAGACUUUAAAGACCCACAAGAAGGAACAUGGACGCCUAACUAGAGAGCAGCAACAAAUUGAGAAGGAAAUCCGUGCCCAGGAGCAUACCCUGUCACAGUUUAGGUCCCAGUACAUCAGCACCAAGAUGAACACCACUCAUCACAUGAAAAAGGCUGAGGAAUUGCGCAAGGCCCUGAAGAGCAAACAGAAUAUGCUAGCCAUGAAAAAGAAGGAGAUUGCAGGGAGUCGGCAGGAGAUUGAUGAACUGGAGAAGACCUGGAGGAGCUAUGAAAACCAGGUCCAACAGCAGGGAAUCUCCAGUGGGAGGGACAUUGAGCUAGGAGCAGAUCAGCUGGAGCGAUACAAGGAGCUAAAGGAGCUGGCCCGAAAGCAGGGGGCUGUCUUCAGGCAGCAGGCAGAGAAACUGAAUUGGGAGGUGAAAGCUGAUUAUGAAAAUGUGGCUUUUGUCCAGCGCAGAAAGAAGGAAGUGGAGCAUGGCAUCAGGAACAGCCAGAGUCAGCUGGAGGAUUUGACGAUUAGAGCAGAGAAACUGGAAGACUACAGCAAAACCUGCGAGGCAUCCCUUGAAGAGUAUUGUCAACUGGAGAAGAGUCUGACAGCUGAGCUGCAGAGAGUUCAGCAGCGCUGUCAGGAGGUGAACCAGGAGCUGGGUCAGGUACUGGAGGAGCUGGGGAAUGCUCGUCUGGACAAUCAGGAGAGCAGACGCCAGCUGCAGCGCAAAGAGCUACUUAAGAAGCUCCAAAGACUUUACCCUGAAUCUGUGUACGGUCGACUCUCUGACUUGUGUAGUCCCAUCCAUAAGAAGUACCAGCUGGCUGUCACCAAGGUGUUUGGCCACAACAUGAAUGCUAUAGUGGUGACCACAGAGAAAGUGGCCCGCCAAUGUAUCUCAUUUGUUAAGGAGGAGCGUUCUGAGCCUGAAACCUUCCUGCCCAUUGACUACUUGGAUGUGAGACCUCUGAAAGAGCGACUGAGGGAGGUGCCUGGUGCCAAGAUGGUGGUGGAUGUUGUCAAGAUAAAUGCUACCACAGGGGCAGCCCAUCUGAAAAAGGUGGUCCAGUUUGUCUGUGGCAAUGCCUUGGUGUGUGAGACUAUCAAAGAGGCUCGGAAUAUGGCGUUUGGUGGAAAGGAGCGCAUUAAGACCAUAGCGCUAGACGGGACGAUGUUUGCAAAGUCAGGUGUGAUCUCUGGAGGCUCCAGUGAUCUGCGGAGCAGAGCUCGCUGCUGGGAGGAGAAGGAUGUGACGAGGCUGAGGGAGCGCAAAGAACAGCUGACAGCUGAGCUACGUGAUCUAAUGAAGCUGAAGCGGAAGGAUUCGGACCUGAAACAGGUCGUUGCUCAGGCCCAGGGUGCUCAGAUCCGCCUCAAAUACUCCAAAAAUGAGCUGGAAAACCUCCGGAAAAAAAACACCCCCAAGUGCCAAGCGGAAAUCUCUCGCAUGGAAAGUGAAGUAGCAAACCUGGACUAUCAGAUCCAGAUGCAGCUCGAAAGUGUGGAGGGAAAGGAGGCAGAGAUGAGGAAGAUCAGAGACCAGAUCAACCAGAUGGAGGACCUGGUGUUUUCUGAUUUCUGUGCUGAGAUCGGUGUGAACAGCAUCCGGGAGUAUGAGCAGGAGCACCUGAAACAGCAGGCAGAGCUUGAUAAGAAACGGCUGGAGUUUGAGAGUCAGUGUGCUCGUCUGAGUGCACAACUUGAGUAUGAACAGGGACGACUGGAGCAGCAGAAGAAGCAGCUUCACAAAAUGGAGGUGACCAUCAUGGAGGAGGAGAGAAUCAUGGCAGAGCAGAAAGAGGAUGAGGAGAAGCUGCUGCUGGCAGUGGAAGAAGCUCAGGACAAACUGCUGCAGGUGGAGAAUCAGCUGCUGUCUAAGAAAAGCAAAGUGGCUGCUGCCAAAGCUGAGCUGGACCAGAAAACCCAGCGCCUUCGGGAGAUCAGCAAAGAUUUGGUGAAUUUGCAGCAGGAGGUGAUGUUUGCCGAGACCACAUUGGAGCAGAAACGCUUGGCCAGACACAACUUACUGCUGGCCGUCAAGAUCCAGAAUGUGCCCAUCACUCUGCUGUCAGGGAGCCUGACUGAAAUCAGUCAGGUGCAGUUGGACACAGAAUCUGAAAGCACUUUGGCCACCACUGACAUCUACGAGAGAGAAGCUCAACUAGUCAUCGAUUACUCCUCGCUCGGGGCAAAACUCAGGAGUUUGCAGACAGAGGAGGAGGUGGAGGCUCACCUGGAGAAGCUGAAGGCUUCAGUGUCCUCCAUCGAAGGAGUGCUGCAUCACACAGCCACCCCCAAUCUGAAAGCUCUGGAGAGGAUGAGGGAGGUGAGGUACAAGUUACAGGGAGUGACAGAAGCCUUCGAAGCGUGCUCCAGCGCAGCCAGAAGGUGCUACCAGGAGUUUGAGAAAAUCAAAGCACAGCGUUGCCGGACCUUCAGCCAGUGCUUUGAGCAUGUGGCGAUUGUGAUCGAGCAGAUCUAUAAAAGAAUCUGCAGGAACCGCAGUGCUCAGGCCAUUCUGAGUGCAGAAAAUGCAGAGGAACCGUACCUCGGAGGCAUCAAUUACAACUGUGUGGCACCGGGGAAACGCUUCAUGUCCAUGGACAAUCUGUCUGGCGGAGAAAAGGCCAUCGCUUCUCUGGCGCUGCUGUUUGCCUUUCACAGUUUCCAUCCUGCUCCUUUUAUCGUCUUGGACGAAGUGGACGCAGCCUUGGACAACACUAACAUCGGCAAGGUGACCACGUUCAUCAGGGAGGAGUCCAAACACAACAUGCAGAUCAUCGCCAUCUCUCUGAAGGAGGAGUUUUUCUCCAAAUCAGACGCUCUGUUGGGAGUCUAUUCAGAUUUUGACGAAUGCAUGUUCAGUGGCAUUCUGAGCCUGGACCUUCGACCCUACCCUCUGGCUGAGGAAGACAAUGGGAAAACGGCCGACAAGGAGGAGAGAAUGGUUGUAACCCAGGAAGCAAGUAGCCUGCGUUCACCUGCAUGAAAAAAGCCACAUUAUCUUCAACUUUGAACAGGCAUAGAGGCAAAAAUAGUUACUAUAAAAGAAACAAUACUUUUAUACGUUUUAGUACGCUUUUACAUCACCUUUUAUCACUUUGCAUGUUUCAGAGUUCCUCAGCUGUUCUUAUUGGCAGUGUGUGUUUUGCCUUGUUUGUAAAUCCUGAAGCAGGGAUUAUAAUCUCACAGACAGCCUUGAAAACUUUGGUGAUAACAUUACAGAACUUUAAGUUACAGAAUUUAAAGAAGAGUUUAAUGUUAAUGUUAUUCAAGGGUGAUGAAUGUUGCUACAUUAGUGCGUUGUUUGUUACUUGUUUUAUACGUUUUAUGCUGUAUUUAAAUGUGCUGUUCAUUAAACCUGAGUUGAAGAUA